UGUGUGUUUGUGUGUUAACUAGCAGCUCCUCACUGUGUGUGUGAGUGUUAACUAGCAGCUUCACACACCACUGUGUGUGUGGCUUGUGCCAUCUAGCAGCUCCUCACUGUUUGUGUGCUAUCUAGCAGCUCCACACAGCACAGUGUGUGUUUGUUUAUAGGAUUGUGGCUGCGUCUUGUGCCAUCUAGCAGCUCGGUGCGUGCGUGAGCGGCAGGGGAGCGGUGGCGCAGCAGUUGACAGCUGCCUCCGUGCCGAGUUCGAUUCCCGAUCGCGAUCGACGACGACGAAUCAUUCAACAGGGGGAGAAAGAAGCCGCAAUGAAGUUACGCGUGCGACACGGAGGAAACACUCAACUCCUGGAAAUAGCCAACGAGGGCGCCACGCUGGGACAACUGCAGCGACAAAUACGUGACACCCUCCUGCCCAGCUUUCACAUCGGACAAGAUGCGGCAUUUGGGAUAUCGCUGAAUAGAAAAGACAUGCUCAGUGAUUGGGAGACACCUCUUCAAGAGUACGGCAUCGUCUCUGGAGACCUUGUUUGGAUUCUUCAAGCGGAAGGCUCGGCUGCAACGUGCAGCGCUGGUGCAACUUCCUCAAGAGCCCGCGAUGAUCAUGCUCAUGCCCAGACGAGCAGACUCCAUGGAAAUGCACCCACCGCCUCCCCUGCGUCAGUGGCAACGCCUUCGGGGAGUCAAGCGCAUCAAAGCAAAGGCACCGUGAUCACUCAAAAAAUCUUGCCGUCAUCGCACCAGGAAACGUCCGCAAGCGGUGCCAAUGAAAAUGACGAUGCUGGUUCCUCAACGCGAGUGUCUCCGGCUACCGGUCCCCCUCCGCCGCCUCUCAUCAUGCUCUGCAGCGAGUCGGAGGGCGGCCGCGUCCCUGAAGUGCUCGAGAGGGAGUACGAGCAGGCGGGCGUAACGAGCCCGUGCGAUGCACUCACGGUGGCUCUGCAUGUGCUGAUGAUUGAAGCCGGAUUUGCAGCUGCCGCACAGGAUCAGGCAGAGUGCCAUCAGGCACAAGCAAGUCUCCCGAGUUGCCUGCCUCGAGGCUGGAGAAGGCCCGGGGUAUACACAUUAAGGUACAGCCACCCUCUCUGCCAUGGUGCCACCUGUAACCUCACCUGCAUCCCCAUGGGCCAAGCUCUGGUAGUUAAUGGCUGCGUGAACGCGUCGGGAACAACAUUAAGCAUAAGCGCACUCAAGUUGAUGCCAACGUCGUAUGUUCUCGGCAAAGGCGCAGCCCCAGCAAAGGAGGCCUCGCACGCCUACAAAUCUCUUUCUCUGCUCUCCCGCACCUUUAAGGACCACGUAGCAUACCCAGCCUUGGCACUCAUGAGACAAGCGCUGGGGCUGCCAUGUGCUGUGGGCCUCCUGGCGCUGCCCGUGGAGCUGCAGUUGCAGGUGCUGCGCCUGCUCCCCAUCCCGGCAGUGCUCGCCGCUGCGCAGGCGUGCCGUGCCCUGUGCCUGCUUGGCGCGGACCCGUCGCUGUGGCGCGCGCUCUACAUGCGAGACUUCCACCAAUCCAGAAUUGACAAGCCGGGCACAGACUGGAAAAAGCUCUACAUCGAGCAGUACCAGCUGAAGACACGGGCACAGCGCGAAUGGCAAAGCGCGUUCAUGCAACCAUGGCCCGUGCAAGAUCCAAUUCCGCUUGUACCAAACCAUCCCAGGCCUCUCUACCCCCCCGGUAUCAUCGGGGGUGCCUACGACGUCUGGCCCGACUUCGGGCUCCCAGGCGGCCCUGUGGGUCCGCUGUUGCAGAGGCCACCGCCGCGCUGGAGGUUUGACCCCACCGACCCCUCGGGGUCUCGCCGACCUCGAUUCAAUCCUGGCCCUGGGUUUGGGGGAUUCUUUCUGCGCUAACAGCUGUGGCUGACUAUAGGACAUCCGGGGUGCAUAGUUUUUUUUCUUUCAUGUUUGCUUUUUUGUUUCAACAGCCGAAAUCUAUUGUUGCACUAAAAACAUUUGCGUGUAUAAAACCUGCAAUACUCUGUAGCGUUCCAAAUACCUAAGGGACUGCUGGCGCUGGUGUAGAACUACAGGCUCUGAAUGCUUGUCCCAACGUCAUCGUAACAAGCGCUGCCGUAUAAAUGAAAAAUAUACACGGGAAUAUGCUAAUUAUUUAGGCAUUAACUCUUCUGAACAAUAGCCUUUGCCUGAAACAACAUUGGCUUGUUUGAUUAUUAUUUUUUGAUUGUAAGACAGGCACUGUGUUCUUUGGCACUUUUUGUAAAGUAGCUGUUUCGUGGCCUUGUGUGUGCAGAAGCUGGUUUCUGUCCCAUCGGGUGACAUCAAUGAUAUUUUCAUUGUACUCUAUUGUGCUUUGUAUUAUUACACGGUCAGCAAUAGAAACGUGACGGCCGAUGUAUAACUGCUUUCCAUUUUACUUUUGUAAAGAACUACAGAAUGUGUGAGAUAUACUGCAGAAUAUCUAUGGGUUUAACACUUUUAUGUUUAAAUGCUGGAAUCCGAGUGUAAGACAGUAAUUAAAAAUGUGUGUCAUGUCUUUUGUGAAAUGUGUUGCUCUUCCAACUUUCUAGUGAGCUGAAAUAAUCAUAUGAUCAUAGGUUUUUCCUCCUUUUUUCUGGCAACAAAACAUGUGUUAAGAUGUUAAAACACCAAACUAAAACCGUUUACAGAGAACCAUGUCUGCAUUAACCACAAUGCUUGUGGU